AUGAGAUUAGCCCUGCACACAGUCAUCUGCUGCUGUGUUUUCACCCUGGUCCUGCCACUGGUACAAGACGCCACAGGGGAGCUCAACUCCAGCCUGAAGAAAAGGUUUAAAGUAUGGCUGCAGAGUCGAAUGAAGAGAGACCUGCACAGCAGUUUAGGGACAGCCCAUGAGCAGCCUUCUGACAUCUAUGAUGGACCACAACAGGAUGAGAAUGCCAAAAUGAUCUCACCUCCAUCAAGAUUUGGGCUAAAUAGCCGACCCAGAAGGUCAUCAUCAUCCAGAUCUUCCAAACCAUUCGGCUGCAUCCUACCCACAUGUGUAUAUCACGACCUGCUCGACCUACUGUACAAAAUUAACAAGGAAAAAGAGACUAAAGCCCCUGAGAGCAAGAUUGGCUCGAAAGGCUAUGGACGCCGACGCCGCUCACUUCUGGAUGUCGCACAGCUUCCCCUCCAGACAAGAAGAGAAGGGCGAAGCACUGGAGCUGGUCAGCAAGUCCACAGACACAAAAGCACAUCCACAGUGGCCUGA